UCAUUAAGAUCAUUGGAAAUUCAGUGGGUGCUCUGGGAAACCUCACCCUGGUCCUCGCCAUCAUCGUCUUCAUUUUCGCUGUGGUUGGGAUGCAGCUCUUUGGGGAAAUGUAUUGCAGAAAUGUCAACAGGAUCAGCACCACGGGACUGUUGCCACGCUGGCACAUGAAGGACUUCUUCCAUUCCUUUCUCAUCAUCUUCCGCAUCCUCUGCGGCGAAUGGAUUGAAACCAUGUGGGAUUGUAUGAAAGUGGUCGGACAGCCUCUGUGUCUCCUGGUCUUCUUGCUGGUUAUGGUGAUUGGGAAUCUGGUGGUGCUCAACCUGUUUCUGGCCUUGCUAUUGAGUUCGUUUAGUGCCGAUAACCUUUCUGCACCGGAUGAGGACGGGGAGAUGAACAACUUGCAACUUGCUUUUGCGCGGAUCAACAGGGGGCUGAACUACGCCAAGCGCGCCAUGUGGGAUUUUUGCUGCACCGUCUUGUGGCAACCCAAGGCGUCGGCUGAGAAGAAAGUCAUGUUGAAACUGGCAGCCCAGAACCCGGCGGUCGUCCACAAUUGCAUCAAUAACCACAACGCAAUGGAGUUUGGGAAAGAAGAAGAGAAUCAUCCCAAGGAGAACCAUACGGGGGAUGACGGAGCUGGAAGGAACCAGGUGAAGCAGCCGGUGGCCCCUGACCACAACGACGACUUCAUGACCAACCCAAACCUGUCCAUCUGUGUCCCCAUCGCUGUGGGAGAGUCUGAUAUUGAAGAUGAUGAGCAGAGUACAUUUACGGAAACAGACCAGAUAUCAGUUAUUUGCCAGAUAGCAACUAUUCUCGGUUAUGACCACCUGGCAGCUAUGAAAUCCCUCAGGACACUGCGGGCUUUAAGGCCCCUCCGAGCUUUAUCCCGAUUUGAAAGCAUAAGGGUGUCAUUAGUAAGCCUCAUAGCUAGUACUCUUGGAUACUCCGAAAUUGGUCCCAUUAAAUCUCUUAGGACCCUCAGAGCUCUGAGACCCUUAAGAGCACUCUCACGAUUUGAAGGGAUGAGGGUGGUGGUCAACGCCUUGGUAGGCGCCAUCCCUUCUAUCAUGAACGUUCUGCUUGUCUGCCUCAUUUUUUGGCUUAUCUUCAGCAUAAUGGGAGUCAACUUGUUUGCCGGGAAGUUUGGCAAGUGCAUUAACAAGACGGAAGGGGACGAGCCUUUGAACUACACAAUUGUCAACAACAUGAGCGAUUGCCAAAGCAUGAACGACACGGGAGAGUUGUACUGGACGAAAGUAAGAGUCAACUUCGAUAAUGUGGGCGCCGGCUAUUUGGCUCUCCUGCAAGUGGCAACUUUUAAAGGUUGGAUGGAAAUUAUGUAUGCCGCAGUGGAUUCGCGAGAGCGUGAGGAACAACCUGUCUGGGAAUAUAACCUGUACAUGUACCUCUACUUUGUGAUCUUUAUCAUCUUCGGUUCCUUUUUCACUCUGAACCUCUUCAUUGGUGUCAUCAUUGAUAAUUUCAAUCAACAAAAGAAAAAGUUAGGUGGACAAGACAUCUUUAUGACAGAGGAGCAGAAGAAAUAUUAUAAUGCCAUGAAAAAGCUGGGUUCCAAGAAACCUCAAAAACCCAUUCCAAGACCACUGAACAAGUGUCAAGGCUUCCUCUUCGAUGUCGUCUUGAACCAAGCCUUUGAUGUUUGCAUCAUGCUCCUCAUUUGUCUAAACAUGGUCACUAUGAUGGUGGAAACAGAUGAUCAGAGUCCAGAAAAAGUGAUCAUCCUUUACAAAAUCAACAUGGUCUUUGUGGCCAUCUUCACUGCAGAGUGCAUAUUCAAAUUAUUGGCUCUGCGUCACUACUAUUUCACCAAUGGAUGGAAUAUAUUUGAUUUUGUUGUUGUCAUUUUAUCAAUUGUAGGUUCUGUGCUGUCUGACAUCAUCCAGAAGUAUUUUUUCUCUCCUACCCUCUUCAGAGUCAUCCGCUUGGCUCGGAUCGGUCGCAUCCUGAGACUUAUAAGAGGGGCCAAAGGGAUCCGGACUCUCCUCUUCGCCUUAAUGAUGUCCCUCCCCGCACUGUUCAAUAUUGGGCUCCUCCUUUUCCUCGUCAUGUUCAUUUACGCCAUUUUUGGCAUGGCCAACUUUGCCUACGUGAAGCACGAGUAUGGGAUCGACGACAUGUUCAACUUCCAGACCUUUGCCAACAGCAUGCUCUGCCUCUUCCAGAUCACGACAUCGGCCGGCUGGGAUGGUCUUCUCCACCCCAUUUUGAACACCGGCCCGCCAUAUUGUGACCCAGGCCAUAUCAAUGCGAAUGGCUCCAGAGGGAAUUGCGGCAGUCCUGCGGUGGGGAUCAUGUUCUUUGUUACGUAUAUCAUUAUAUCCUUCCUUAUUGUUGUAAACAUGUACAUAGCCAUAAUUUUAGAGAACUUCAGUGUUGCCACUGAAGAGAGCACAGAGCCUCUCAGUGAGGACGACUUUGACAUGUUCUACGAGAUCUGGGAGAAGUUCGACGCCGAAGCCACUCAGUUUAUUGAGUAUUCUGUACUUUCCAAUUUCGCAGAUGCCCUGUCGGAACCUCUGCGCAUCCCGAAACCAAAUACUCUCAAACUCAUUGCGAUGGACCUGCCCAUGGUGAGUGGAGACAGGAUCCAUUGCUUAGAUAUUUUGUUUGCUUUCACCAAAAGAGUCCUGGGGGAAUCGGGAGAGAUGGACGCCCUUAAAAUCCAGAUGGAGGAAAAAUUCAUGGCUGCCAAUCCAUCGAAGAUCUCCUACGAGCCCAUCACAACCACGCUCAGGAGAAAACAGGAAGAGGUGUCUGCCGUCAUCAUCCAGAGGGCUUACAGGGCCCACCUUUUCCAGCGCUCCAUGAAGCAGGCAUCUUAUUUAUAUCGCCAAAAAGCUUGCCCUCUUGGGGACGAUGCACCGGAAAAGGAGGGUCUCAUUGCAUCCAUGAUGAGUGAGAACUACGGGAGGCCGAUAGACCGGUCGGAAACACUGUCCUCUACGUCUUUCCCUCCUUCCUACGACAGUGUCACCAGAGGCACCAGUGACAACUUCCAGCUACGGUUGACGGACUCUAGCAAAAGCGACGAACACCUCGAUGACCAGUUGUCACCGGACAGAGAUAAAGAGUCGGUCGUUUAAGUGCGCAGUGGGUGGGUUGGUCGGGUGGUUGGUUUAGGACACUUUAAAAUAUUGUUUACAGAAUGUAACGCUGUAACUCCAAAACCGUCGAAGCAGCCUUUUUCUAAAUGCGAACGGCAAAGGAAAGACGAAGGGAGAUUAGCCCUUAACGAGAGGGUUGCGUCAAUGUGUUAUGGUACGUAUAACCUUUGACCCUGCUCUUUUCAACUUUGCUCAAUAUUUAUAUUUAUAUAUGCACAGAGAAGGGGAGGGGGUGUCCAGCCUGAUGUCACAGCUGUUAUAGCAGAGGUGUGGUUCUGGAGACGCUAGACUGUAACACAGUAAAUAAUUUAUAUCUAUACACAGAUUUAAAAACAAAAACCUGACCGCAUAUUUUUCAUUUUAAGGUCUUACUCAUAUUAGUGCGUUUACUAAUGGCCAUGUACAACCUUGCAUUCUAUAACGAGGACGCGAGAACGAAGAGGAAGACGGAGGGCAGGAGGGCGGGCGGAAUCACGUAGCUGCUGUAGCAACAAUGUAAUACUUAAUGUAUAUGGUGUGAAUGGUCUUUCAUAAAUUUAUUAUAUUUGAUAUUUUUUUACUUUAAAAAAAAGAUAUAAAUUGUCUCCUUUUCCAUGGAGAUCGGUGAUGCUAACGCUCUACGUGACGAAGCCGGAAUGGAAGACAGCUUCCCUAGAUAAUGCAAGAGGCUAGUGCUUGUGGAGGAAAUAGGGUUGCAAGGCAAAAUUGUUAACAUCAGCAACAUUCUCGCCGUGGAUUACAGCAAAGAGACCCGCUUAGGACGUGCAGCUGCUUGCGGGCAGUUUAACCCAGGGAAAAACAGAAAGCAAAAAGUGACAUCACCUAAAGCAUGACAUGAGUCAGGUUUUAUUUUUAAUUUUGUUCUCUACCUGCAGGAUAUUAGACACAAAUGGGUUCUGCUUGUAAACCCACCAAUAA